AUCUACCGUGGUGCGUAAUUUACGCAGUUUAUAAUGGCGUCUGUGCAAGAGAAAAAUAAAAAAUGAAGCUUAGAAAAAGUCUGUUGUAGAAAUGGAUAGCCUUUUACACGGGUUCCCACAAGUGGGCUGUGACCGUCUUUCUGAGUUUGUGGUUCACAUUUUUUUUAGUUUUACCCCAACUUGAUGAAGAUCAAAUCGAAUCAAACGCGGAUAUAUGACGGGAAUGGCUACAAGAAACGCGCCGCCUGUCUGUGCUUCAGGAACGAGAGUGAGGAGGAGGAUUAAAAAAAGAUUGCACUAAUGUCAGUGGUAGUCGGACUCAAGACAAGUGGAUUGUCCCUGGACGUGGCUGCUGUUCGAGAGGUGUGUGAAGAGGCUGGUGUCAAGGGGACAUUGGGGCGACUACUAGGAAUUUUCGAGAACACAGAGAGGAAGCACAGAACAUAUGUCUAUGUCCUAAUGGUUACAGAGAUGUUAGAAGACUGGGAGGACUCUGUGAAUAUUGGUAGAAAAAGGGAAUGGUUUAAGACCGAUGAUGCCAGCAGGGUGCUGCAGUGCCACAAGCCUGUGCAGGCCUCGUACUUUGCGGCCCUACAACAGGGCUUCCUGAGCAACAACAUGACGCCCCUGGUGGCCACAAUAGGGGGAGGAGACCACUCCCCUACCUACAACAUCAACCAUAACUCUAGAUCGAAGUAUAAGUAAAACACAGAAACUCCUGUAGAAUUCUCCACACCUUUUACCCGCUUCUUUUUCUUACCUAAUCCUGCUCCUCCUACUACUACUACUUAUUUUUUAAACUUCAAAACAUCAACAGAAAUGUUUGCCUUGACAGUCUUUUUUUUGGUGACAGAAUGGAGGUACAGACUUGAAGUGUUGGGCGAAGAAGAUAUAAUACUUUGUAAUUUGAAUGUUUUUUUUCUUGAUUUUUAUUAAUAAUUGCAUGAGGUAUUCCCAAACUCUUCCUCCUUUUCCUCGGCCCCUCAUUCCUCUCUGUCAUAAAUGUGAGGUUUGUUGAAUGCAACUCUGCUGUGGUGAUGUAAAGUAUUGCUAUGCUAUGUGUUUACCAUUUAGUUGCCACACCCUUUUACAUGACAGUCAUAAGAAUGACAUAACCUCUCACCAUGUACCGUGACAGAUCGUUAGUCUAAGAGUUAAGAGUUAUACAGUAUGACAGGCUUUUUCAGUAUGACAUUUUCUGUAGUUUGUUUUCUUUUCAUAUCUUUUCUAAUCAUCUAAAAAUGCAUUUAUUUGGUUAAUGGUUAGAUGGGCUUGUUGGAAAGCUUCCUGUUUUGUAUGUGUGGUUAAGGUACAUGGGUGUGUCUUGUGUGAUGUCAUCUGUAGGAAUGGAAUUAUCUGGUACAAAACGGGCUCCAUUGUGACGAUAGCACAAGCUUUGGUGAUUGGAAAGAGAAGUUUUGAUAAGGGGGCUGACAUAAAAAAAAACAGCUUUGGCUUUUGUUAUCACACUAGGGCACAUCUAACCAAAACAUUGAAAUGUAAAUAAUCUGCACAUCUUGUUGUCAGUCUAGACUAUAAAGAUAAUAUAUUGAUUGGUUUAAUAACUAAAUGAACAGAAAAACAGAGAAUUAUGCAUGUUAUCUGAUCCUCAUGGGAAAGGAACAAGAACCCAAGCUAGUUUUUGGUGCAGGAGACGUGCUCUUGUAGAGUUUUUGAAUCAUGUUGUGCAUCAGGAGGCGGGUAGUAAUGUCAUCAGGUGUUGUUUAUUGUUCUUGAAUAGUAAGGCUAAUUUAAAAUGGCACUUGGAAGAUUAUGCCGCUGCUGGAUAACGUGUUUGUCAUACUCUGGACCCCACUAAAAUUGAUGUGUUCAUGGUUUUCACUUGAUAAUUCUAAAUCCAUUUACUUUGUUGUUAAUAUUCAUAUUUAUUUUCUAAUGGUAUGAUGGUGAUUGAUUGCAUAUGAUGGACGUUUUUCAGUCUGUACUAAUCUCUCGGUGUGUGUAUUGAUGUAAGGUGAGGGCUGUUGAUUGAUUGGUGUGUGUGUGUGAUGCAGGAAGAGAUGUUGCACAACAGGAGAUGCAAUAACAAGGUAAAUCACCUGCACAUUUUGGUGAGGGCAAAUUUACGCUCAUGUGAAUCCAUCAAUUCUAAAUUGUAUUCUAACAAAUGUUUACACUGUGAUAUAAUUCUGCAUUUUCCCUUAAAUGAACACUGGACUUUUGUUUUUAUGUUAGCUAUAUUUGUUUUGUUAGGUUUUUGUUGUUUCUUGAAAUGCACUUUUAAAUAGUUCUUAAUAUAUUAUUUGUCUACUUUAGGUAGGUUCAUCAUUGGUUGUUCAAAUUGAUCAUUUAAAUCAAUCAAAUGCCAUUGAUCUGAUGAAUGGAUGGAUGCUGAUAAGUCUCAGAACCAUAGUGAUUCUGGCCCAGUCAAGACUUGUGAACAAGAAUAACUGGGAUUGGUAGAUAUGUUAAUGUUCUCUAGCCUAUGUCAAUGCAGAGACCAACUCUCCACUACUGGCCCUGGAGUUUGGUACUGUUGUUUGCUUGUCACCCUGGCCCACGAAAAUUGAUGUGUAGAUUCUACUUCACACUGUACUUUGCCCUGAUGGGCUAGUAGGUAUGUGCCAAUUUCAAUAAUCACGUUUUAUAAAAUCUUGUUUCAGGACCCCCAAAACUCCCAAGAAAAAACUAUGUAAGUUGUCAUGUAACUGACUGGCUCUGGCAGAAAUGGCAGAAUAUUUCUCAACUGAGCAUAAUUUAGCACAAAGAAUGAGAAUAUUAUAUUCUUGUUGAGCUGGAUUGUGCCAAACGUACCCAUUGACCCAACUGAUCUGGCACAAAGAGCUGUUAAGUUAGUUCUCAGCCUUAUUCAUCUCCUCUGGCAAUGUUUUUAAGUUUUACACAACAGCCUAGUCCUAUCCUUGAAAUGGCCCUAGACCCGUGGUAUGUAAGGCCCUCAGUUGGCUAGCUUUGCUUAGAUGGAUGCAUUGUAUUUACUUUUUAGCUGUUUAUGCAACAUUUAUGUACUAGUAACUGCCUGGGGAGGUUUUUUGAUUUUCCUUUCCUCAUUUAUUUUUACAUGGAACCUGAACAUAGGGAAUAUGUGGUGUUUUUUAACUUGUGAAAAUAGAAAAGGUCAGGCCUACUCAUGGUAGACCUAAGAUAGUCAUAUUGCACCAGGACGUAAUGAUUGUAAAGACACUCCAGUUGAAUGCAUUCAGUUGUACAACUGACUAGGUAUCCCCCUUACUUUCUAAUAAGUACAUACAUGGCUUUAUUUCUCACAAUAUGGCCGGUAGGGAUUGGCAAUUUCAGUAUGCCCCAUGUUGUUUGUCUGUGAGUCAUGAGGUGUGUUUAGUUCGCUUUCACGUUUGCACUGAACGACGUUUCCCCCAAAACGGUAUGCACAGUUCAACAGCCUUUGAGGUACGUUUGGUGGGUGUGACCAUCUGAAAUCGUAAAACUCGUGAUGCACACCAUAUGAUAAUGUGCCCCUGGGCCACCAUAAGUGUUUUUCAACUGGUCAUUCAGUACAGUAGUUUACAUUGAAUUCAAUAUUGCGCAAAGUUCUAUCAUACUGAACCCAACCGUGUCAUAAGAUUUUGUGAUGGCUCCAUCUAGUGGUUAUGGGUCAUCUAACUAGGUGAUGGCAGUUCUGGGUAAUAUGUUCCUGUUCUUCAUGACUUCAGUUUACUGGUAAGUUUAAUGGUCUUAACAGCAUAUAAAGCAAAUCCAAUGAUGAAAUAUGUAUCUUUCUAGAUGACUGAUGUAAACUGAAAAAUUGUCAAAUCCAAAUCAUUACAUGCAAUGGUCCAAUCGGGGGCAAUUCAAAUACACAUAUCACUGAUUUCUUCUUCAAUGGGGAAUUACACAACAAAAGUGAAGAUUGUAAAACAAUUCUGCCAAUUAAUAAAACACCCAGUGUUCCCUUUU